AAAUUUUCCUCCGGUACUUAAGUAGCGUUUGAAUUUACGGAAAAAAAUGCAAUGCAUUUGCUUGUAUUAAUGAACUAUUUUGAGAAGCGGGCAGAAGCUAACAACCGGUUGAGGGACUUAAUCGCGCAGGUAGCCCAAAAUUUAAUGAAAAAAGAGGAAAAGAUUAAGCUGGAGAAUGAACUAUUACAAGAAACUCUAACCGCCACAAUGGAUGCCUAUGAGUUGGAAUGCAUAUUCCGGCAACUUAAAAUACAACACCAACAACAAUCUGCAACGCACGAGCAUAUGCUUAUAGCUUAUAAACAUUCCGUCGAAUUUUGUGUAAAAGUAAAUAAUAUUGAUUGGAAUAUGCAGCUGCACUCUAAGUUGGAAUUGUUGCAAUUGAAGUGUCAAAAUGAAAUGCGCGAACUGAGUAAGGAAUAUGAAAUGGAAAAGGAGCGAAGGAGGACAUUGGAACAACGUCCAAUUGUUCAGGAGGCACGUGCAGCAGAAAAAGAAAUAGCAAAUAUACAAUCAUUAAUACACAUCGCCAAAGAAAGGAGUUCGACACUUCAGGCUAAAUUGCUGGAGCAACAACAAUGUCUUCAAGACGAACUUAAUGCUACGAUACUUUUCUUAGUCACCGGAAGCGAAAAAAUAAGUGAAAUGAAAAGAGAGCUUGAAGCUUAUGCCAAUAAUGCUCAAGUAAAAGAAUUAGCAGCCCGUAAACAGGAAUUGAUAUCGAAAAUUCAAAAACUUAGCGCGAAGCUGCCCGUUUUCACCACCGGAAACGAGUUUGCACUCCGUACGGAGCAAGCCGCACCUAAACUAGACAACGUCGACAAUGUCUCAGAGCUUGAAGUAUUUUCCAAAAUGGGAAAAACCAACAAUGCUAAUGACAUGGGGCAUAAAGAAAUCAGUUUCUUGGAUCUCUUCAAAGAGUGGGAAUUAAAGAAACAACAACAAUACCAAGAGCUAAUAAUAAAUACGGCAAAACCGCAUAUUGACAACACAAUAACGAUACCGGCGUUAAUGGCAAUGAACAAUUUUGAAAGUAGCGCUUUCGAUAUAACGCUUGAUGUGGCACCAAAGUCUGCUUUACGCCGACAAGGCGAAGACAAUGUUGAUUUGAUGGUGCCAAAGAAACGCGUACGCUUUGCAACCCCCGAAACGAAGGCUGGGGAUGGGAAUGAGAUUGAGUUUAUACCAUCGAGUACUUCUUUACUUCAUAUUGAAGACGAACGUGCUGUCGAAAGGAAAGAGAACGGAUUUUUCAGUGAUACUUACGUGAUUGAUAGCAGCGGAAUUCCGUCCUUUAAUGGUGAUACGGAGACGAUUGAAAUUCUAAGUACAGGAGAUGUGGAUAAUAAUAAUAAUGAGAAAUCCUCCACAGAAAAAGUGUGUGUGGAAAAUUAUAUAAAACCAGAUUUUAUGAAGGCAAAAAAAUUGCUUAAGAAGGCCAGACUAUUGGGCUCUCAAAAGCAAAACCAAAUUCAGCGGAUUCCCAGUUCAGUGACUAAAAAACCAAAAAUAGAAAUACAAGAAUGUCGCAUUCUCAAGCCGGCGGGAACUAAACUGCCAACUAAAUUUCCCAUUGUUAUAACACCGGAACCGGAAACAACCAAAGAUAAUAUAUUCAAAUCGCCACUGAAACCACAACAGAGAACAGAACAAAAACCACAAAAAGUUGAUGAAACAAUUUUCCAAGACUUCCUGAAGGAAUCAAGUGAUGACAACUCUCAAAUUAGCUCCGAUGCAGUAGUUUACAAAGCUGCUAAGGAAACAGAUAUUGAUAGAUAUAAUAACGGUGAACAAUUUCAAGCGAAAGAAUGUACCAAAAGUAAGAACAACAAAAAUAAUAAAAUGGAUUUUGAGAGUUUCUUUCGUGAAACUUUUCACGGUUGUAAUAUUGGUGAAACCGACAUGGAUCUAUCGCCGACAGUCAACGAUGUAGGUGCUACACUACAAUUUGACCUGAAUUUCAAUGAAAAUCAAAAAAGUAACUAUAAAGAUUUAUUUGCAAUACCAGGGGAUACCGAAAAGGACGAUGACUUGCUGUCAUUUGGGUUUAGUGAUUAAUCAAAACAGUAGAACGGUGAAGGGAAAUUUAAAAAGUUUUUAAGUUUUUUUUAUUUUGUAUAUUUAUUUGAAAUGUUAUAAAUCUUGU